AUGAAGCUGGAACCCCCCGUACCUGUUCCGGUCGACUCGAUCCUCUCGUGGGGUUGCGGCGGAGGCGUAGGAGCAGACGACGACGACGACCUCCUCAACGGCAAGUUCAACUCGUGCGACAUGGCCGACUCGACGACCGGAAGCAGUUUGCACGAUCACCUGCAUCACCAUCACAACAGCAAUUCCCUCUCCGGCGGAGGCAGCGGAGGUGGGCAGCAUCACAGCAUGGUCGGAGGCAGUUCGGGUAACAUGUUGAGUUGCGGAGGAGGCAGCAGCCUGGCAGGAUCCGGCGGCCCCAUCAAUCAGAGCAAUAAAGCCACCUUGCUCUCCCUGGACAACCUGGACGGGCUCCUCCUGUCCGGCGCCACCGUCCUGACGACGCCAACGACGCCCGGACCCGGUCCUGGCGGAGGGCACAGCUUCGCAGAGUUGAAACCCUUGGCGCUUCCGCCAUUCGAGUACGGAGGCGGCGGAAGUAACGGCGGCAACAAUCUCUCCCUGGACGGCUCCCUAAACAGUUCCGGAUCCAGUCACCAUCACCACAUGGGAGGAGGAGGAGGGACGCGAACGAUCCUGGACAUUAACCUCAACCUGUACAAAGCCAGUCCGUCUGGCAACAACAAUAAUAACAAUAAUAACAACAACAACAACAACAAUAAUAACAACAACAACAAUUCGGGCAACAACCUCAACUACUACGGUGGCGGAGGCAGUGGUGAGCCCGUGUCGACGACCACGUUGGUCAACGGCCUGGUCAGCGUCGGUGUAGUCAAGGCGGAAAGUAUGGCCGACUACCUGAUGAAUCCGGAAAUCGACGACAUCGCCGCCAUCAUCGGCAACGCCAUCGCCGACAGCACAGUGGCCUCGGCGUCGGCGUCCACGGGUGGCGUCGGAGUCGGUGGCGGCGGAAUGGGCGGCGGAGGAGUGAGCAACGUGGCCGGCGUGGGUCUGGGCGGAGUUGAAAGCCUGGGCCCGGACAUCCGCGAUCCCUGGGCAGAUAUCGACGCCUGGAUCGAGAGCGCCUGUUCCACCGUCUACAAGCACGAGCCCAUGCUGGAGAGUCCGGCCUCUUCGGUGACUUCGGGCACGUCGCAUUCUUCACUGUCUUCCGUCAGUCCAGCAUUCGCUCAUCCAUCGCAGCUUCCGCCCAUGAGCUCCUUACAGCCGCAACAGCAGCCGCACAACAGCAGCUGUAGCGUCAGUUCCACCCUGCAGGCGCUCCUGAGUCAAGGAGCGGCGGCAGCCGGAAGCGUAGCCUUGGCUCACAUGAGUCAAGAUCCUUCCGGCGGCGGAGGCGGUCAGAACAACCUCUCGGUGAAAAGUGAGCCCUCCAUGGACAUGCCCCUGCUGCAGCGGCGGUUGACGGCCGGCCGAGAACCGAACCUGAACAACAGCGGAGGUAACAACGGGCCCAUGGGCGGAUUCGUGUCUUGUUCCAUGGCUGGCUCAUCCAACAAGGAGCUCCAGCAACUGCCACACACAACCUUCCACACGGGUCCCACUCUGAACCACGUGACGACGUCCCAGUUGCCCCAUCUCGGCGGAGGUGGCGACUCGAGUGGAUGUCACUCCAGCAGCUAUCCAGCCACGGCCCGCCGGUCGACGGCUGUCAAGAGCAGCAGUAGCGGCUACAACAACAAAGAUUUAAGCGAUCUCGACGAUCCCAUGAGCGGCGGAGGUGGAGGCAGUGGUGGGACGGGCGGUGGCGGAUCGGGUGGUCGGUCCAAGCACAAGAACCGCUCGGGCAAAGCCAAGAUGACGACGGUGAUGACGACAGACGGAUCAGGAAAGGAGAAACCCGUUCACCGGUGCAAUAUCUGCAAUCGGGGAUUCCUCAACAAGUCCAACAUCAAGGUCCACCUUCGUACCCACACCGGAGAGAAGCCCUUCAAGUGUGACGCCUGCGCCAAGGCGUUCCGUCAGAAGGCCCACCUGUUGAAGCACAUGCAGAUCCACAAACGGAUUACCAGAGACUGACCUAUAUUUUUAGAAUUGUUUUUUUGUUUCGAGGAGAAAACACAAUCGAAUAACUUACUGUAUAGCAAUCAAACAUUAUUCAUCCCCCACAUCAUCAGGCAUUGAAAGAGAUUAUACUUUUCGUUCAUUCCUUUUAUCCCUCCCCCCCCUUUCUCCAGAGAUAUAUACCUAAUAUAAAUGUGAGCAGUGUGUGACGAUUAUUCUUGAGAUGUGUGUGUGGUGUGUGCACCAGGAUGCAGAGACAACUCGUCAAAUCAGGCUUCCCGGUUCCCAAACUUCCAAACAACUCAUGAACGUGGUAGUGUACAAAAUAAGUUUUUGAAAUGGCUGUUGUGUCAUGUCGUGUGUGUCCUUUCCGUCCGCCCACCGACAGCCCAAACGAGUUUUGGCCUUAUGUAAUUCAUUCCUGAAACGUUGCAAGAACAAAAAAGUUUGAAAAAAAAAAGAAUUCAUUCGAUUCAGGUCCUAUAAAAAGAAAAACCAAUUUAAUUUAUUUCCUUUUACCAAAACGUGUCACUUCCUUUUGCUCCCAUUUCUCUUCUGAUACGACCCAUUCGGUUUCAUUAAACAUUUUUGUAACGAAAGAAAACAAAAAAAGACGAAAGAAAACAAAAACGUGACACGAAAAAUUUGAUACCCAGCCAGCACGAGUUGGAAUCAUCAGAGAAAUUGUAUCCCGCCACACCGGAAGAAUUCUCGUCUGCUCUCUCGCGGUGCUGUCAUGUUGCCCUAAAAAAUAAUAAUUUCCAGAAAAUUCACACACACACACACACAACGUUUUCCCUCCACUUUUUUUUUUUCUGAAUUAAAUCGUGUGUUUUUGUGUACAUGUUCAUUUUGCAUAUAUUAUAUACAGAGUAAAAAAAUAAUAAGAAAACAACAAUUUUUUGGUGUGGGUCUGACUGAUGCGUGUGCUGUUUGUGUAUGCUUUUUUUUCAUUUCUUUAUUCUCCCGAUAUUUUUUUUUUCCUUUUCCUUCUUCGUGACACUCGUGCAAUUUCCGAACGAUGUUCUCGAGUGACUCCUUAUAUAUAUAUAAUUUGCAAUUAUUAUUAUUAUUUUUAUUUUUUUUGGAAACGAUAAAAUACAGAAGUUGAACGUCUUUCACAUCUCAGGAGGACUUCCAACAUCGAACAACCAACACUUUAUAUUAAAAAAAAAAAAGAACAACAACCACAACAGCACUAAAAAGAUUUAUAAGUUCUCUUUCUCUUUCUUAUUUUGCAUAAUGAUUGUAAUGGUGCUGUUAAAAGCUUUCUCGCCGAACCCCCCGUCCCACAAAACCCCCCCCCGUCCUCAUGGUGUUCUAUAAAUAUUAUAUACAUUAUAUAAAUAUUAUCUCUUCUUCUUUUUCCUCUUCUUCUCUUCUUUUCCCCCCAUCUCUCUCGUAAUCAUCGGCACUUGUAACAUGCACUGGUCACUGUGUUGAAUGCGACUCGAAAACAAAAAAAAGACAGUUUAUAAAAAAUCCAAUCGACGUCUCUAUGCAAAUCAAUUCCCGCAUUUGAACCGAAAUUUAGAGAAACUUGGCACAAAACAAAAUUAAUUAAUUGACUAUAUAGUAAAAUGAAGAAGAAGAAGAAAUUUUUUUGAAAAAUUGGUCCGAAAUUGAUUUUUUGAUUGGAAUCGAUAACAAUUGGGGCUGGCCCUUUUUAGUUUCCUUUUCAGUGUAUGUGACCCAUUGUAUAAUCCACACACUAUUUUCUCUCUCUCUCUUUCUAUCUCUCUUAUUUCCUCGAAAAAACAAUUCUAUUUUCAUCCGUGCUCUAAUAAGAUCGGUGCUGUAUUUCUCCGUAUAUCUUUCUAUGCGGCCCUCCCCCCCCCCCCAAACCCACCCACACUCCCCCGAAAACGAGUUAUUAUCGAUUUAUAUUUGUAUAACACAUUGUAAUUUUUUUUUCGAAAUAAAACAAAAAAUGAAAUUUUUUUCGUUUACAAAGAA